AUGACCCAAGGGGAGGCAUACUCUGGCCAUCGGGAAGACAUGCAGAAUGUCAUAAGCUCAUUAAAUGGGCUUAACUUCUCGUUCAAUGAGUUUAGAUCUGCAUGUGUUAAUUUUGGAAACAACACUACUUCUGCUUCUAUCAUCGUACCCACUGAGAAUGGCUCUAUUGGUCAAGACUGCCCGAGACCUGCCGUACCCAAGCCAACGGCCAAGAAAGCACCAAAGUAUAACAUGUGUAGAGAAGAUAUGAGCUUUUUAUGUUUUAAUGGUGCUCUCCAGCAUUGGUCUUCUACAUCAAAAACUUUAUUAAUGUCCCAAAAGAAAAUUAGGUUUUUGGUCUUCUCCAACAUACGAGCCAAAUUAGAGAGCUUGUUAACAGAGUCGAUUAAGCUUAUAUUUCGACUUAGGCUUAUCGGAGUAUAUAUUUUCUUAUACCGACUACAACUUCCAUUUUUGAUAAGCCUAAGUUCUCUACUUCGACUUAAUUUAGUCGAAUAG